GCGGGCGUAACAUUUGCAUUUAAUGGUUUAUACAUUUAUACAAUUCUCUAAACUGAAUUCUAGCUAAAAAACAACCUACUGCCCCUUGAGCAGGUGUCUGUCUGUCUGUCUGCAGAAGAAGCAAAUAACCUGUUCUCUGCUUCAGAAUGAGUAACAGCUGCUGUGUGUUUGAGGCACCCAUCCUUGACCAGGUUCUGCCUCCAGUACUUCUCUUUGAGUUUGUGUUGGGACUGGUUGGCAACUCGAUUGGAUUAUGGAUGAUCUGCCGCCAAGUGAAGUCCUGGAAGCCCUACUCUGUAUAUCUGUUCAGCCUGACACUGGCAGACUUUCUUGUACUUUUUUCUGUGUUGUUCCGUGCAGAUUAUUACAUGAGAAAGAAAGACUGGAUAUAUGGUGACAUGCCUUGCAGAAUAUGUCUCUUCACAAUAUCUGCUUGCAGAUCAGCUGGCAUCAUCUUUCUAACCAUUAUUGCCAUUGAUCGCUACUGCAAAAUACUUUUCCCUUUCCACAGAGUGAACAGCAUCACAGUCAAGGAGGCUGGCAUUUUCUGCUUCUUGAUGUGGCUUGGAAUCUUAGUAUUGUACUCAUACAUUUUAACAGGUUCACAUUCAGUGAAGAUGGACAACUCCACCCAGUGUGAAAGUUUCCAGAUCUGUCCCAAAAACUUUUCCCUGGCUGACUUACAUGAUGGCUUGUACAUUCUAAUGUCUAUUGGCUCUCUAGUCAUUAUGUCAUAUAGCACGGUGUGCAUUGCUCAGCAUUUGAAGAACAACACAAUAGAUAAAGAUGGCAAGAUCCGUAGAGCUGUGAGAUGUGUGCUUUCCAUCACACUAGUAUAUACAGUGUGUUACUUGCCAAGCACUCUGGUCAGAAUCUCUGUCUGGAUGCUGAAGUUACAGAAACAUGGAGACUGCGCAGCAUACACAGAUGCUAGCCUUGCAUUUUAUGCCACUAUAUGCUUUACCUACUUUUAUAGCAUGCUGAAUCCCAUUGUAUAUUACUUCUCUAGCACCUCUCCGAGCCACUUUAAUCAAACACUUCUAGCAAAGAUCUGCUGCAGAAAAUGUAGUUAUUGUUGCGAGAACUAGAAGUUUUUUUAAUGGGGAAAAUGUAAUUCUAAGAAAUGUCCAAUAUACAUUGAAAUUUUCUGUGCUUUUAGAAGUAUUUGUAAAUGUAAUUGCUAUAGAAAGCCGUAUCUUGGUGGCUGUUUAGAAUCUCCUUGUCCUUCUGGUUCUGACUCCUGAAACAUGGAGGAAUACUAAUUUGUGUUACACUGCUCAGAAUUAUAUUUUCUUUCAUUAUGCAAAAGCUAGUUCCUGAGUGGAAAGUCCAACUGAAAAAGAUUUGUGACAUGUUUUUUUAAACACUGGGAAGAAGUCAUAUUGUAUCUUUAAUAAUGACUUCAUAAAAUGGUUGAUUUUGCUUUGUUUCAGUAUUAUAUUUGAUUUGCUGGUCUCUGCUAAACUGAUUUGUUAAACAGAUACAUUACUAGCGGGGGAAAGAGCUAAGGGGGUUUGAUUGCCCAAAGACCUAAUGCAAUCCAAUUUGCACAAUCAAUUCAGCCUUUUACCAUAGAAGAAAUCUUUAGCUUAAAUAGCCCAUUGUACAAUGCUAUAUCCCAGGACGAGGGACAUGGUUACUAAAAGAGGAGGUAGGAUGAAGGGGGUUGUUAUUAGGGAAAUUAUUGUUUUCAAAGAAAGGAUCCCAAAACAUUAAUUUUGCACAAAGGGCCUUCUAGGUACUGUACAGAUUCAUUAACCAAUUAGCACAAAAUGAAAUAACACCAUAAAAUAUAUAGCAA